AUGCCCCGGGUAAAGUCUGUCCAUUCUAAAGUCUCGAAGGGACCUCGCCGUCCGUUCGAAAAGGAGCGCCUCGACCAGGAGCUGAAGCUCAUCGGCGAGUUCGGUCUUGCCAACAAGCGUGAGGUGUGGCGCGUCAAGUACACCCUCGCCAAGGUCCGAAAGGCCGCUCGUGAGCUCCUGACCCUCGAGGAGAAGGACCCGAAACGUCUGUUCGAAGGCAAUGCGCUUCUACGCCGUCUCGUCCGCAUCGGUGUUCUGUCGGAAGACAAGAUGAAGCUCGAUUACGUCCUCGCCCUGGGAGUUGAAGACUUCCUUGAGCGCCGCCUCCAGACUCAAGUUUUCAAGCUUGGACUCGCCAAAUCUAUCCACCACGCCCGCGUUUUGAUUCACCAGAGACACAUUCGAGUUCGUCGCCAAAUCGUGAACGUCCCCUCAUUCAUGGUCCGUUUGGAUUCGCAGAAGCACAUCGAAUUCGCCCUCACCUCGCCCUUCGGCGGCGGCCGCCCCGGACGUGUCAAGAGGCGCAACAUGAAGAAGGGUGAUGCUGGAUCCGCAGGCGAGGAUGAUGAG